CACGUAAUCACUUAAAACAGUAAAUUAAUUUUGAUAAUAUGACUGUAUGUUUUUUUUUUCUCAAAACCAAAACUCUAUGUAUUUCUGUAGUUGUCUUUAACAAGUUCAAAGAUGAGGGAGGGAGUUUCAUGUCUACCUUGGGGAGUGAUGUGAAAGGACUGUUAAGCUUGUACAACGCAGCCUAUCUUGGGACUCAUGGGGAGAUCAUUCUUGAUGAAGCCAUCUCUUUUACGAGGAAUUACCUAGUGUCUGCAUUAGCUGAUCUUAAACCACCAUUAACAACGCAAGUGUCUCUUGACCUCGAGACACCUCUCUGUAGGAGAAUUAGAAGGCUCUUGGCAAGAGAAUACAUAUCUAUAUACCAAGAGGAUGUCACACGAGAUGAUGCCAUCCUGGAGCUUGCAAAGUUGGACUUCAAUUUGUUGCAGUCUCUUCAUCGCGAGGAACUUAAGAACAUCACCAAGUGGUGGAAUGAUUUAGCCUCCUCAAAAAAUCUCAGUUUUGCUCGAGAUAGAUCGGUGGAAUGCUAUUUCUGGAUCCUGGGAAUAUACUUUGAACCCUAUUAUUCUCGUGCACGAGUGAUAACGACCAAGGUGGCUGCCCUUACUUCAAUUCUGGACGACAUGUAUGAUGUCUAUAGCACAUUGGAGGAGAGUCAACGACUAACUGAGGCAAUUCAAAGGUGGGAUGCGAAGGUUGUUCAUCAAUUACCAAAGUACAUGAAGGAUUAUUAUCUAAAGCUAAUCCACACCUUUGAAGAGUUUGAAGAUUUAUUGGCUUCUGGUGAGAAAUAUCGCAUAACCUAUCUGAAGGAAGCGGUGAGUGAUGAGAUUAUAAGGUUCUUCUUAUUUUCACUUUUAUUAAUUAACGCUACUCAUAUGAAAGAUUUAUCUGAAGCUUAUUUUGAGGAAUCCAAAUGGAGAGAUCAACAUUACGUACCAACUUUGGAAGAACAUCUACAUGUUUCCCUCAUAAGUUCAGCAUAUCCUAUGCUCGAAUGUGCCUCUUUCAUUGGAAUGGGAGAAAUAGCAACUAAGGAGGCAUUUCAAUGGAUUACAAGUUUCCCAAAGAUUGUCCAAGCUUCUGCAAUAAUUUGUCGUAUCAUGAAUGACAUUGCUUCACAUGAGGUAUGGUCAUAAUAUAAUCUCCUGUGUUUUAUGUCAUAUAAACAUUUUUCAUAGUAAAUUUUGCACUGAUUUCUAUCGUAGUAGAAAUAUGAUAACACAAAAAAAAGAAAAAGAAAAUAACAUACAUUCUCCAAUUAGAUGAGAUGGACCAUAAUUGGGGUUUAAUAGGUAAUCUCCAAAGUUAUCUUCAAUAUUCCUUCUAUUUAUCUCCUCAAAAGCAUUUCUUGUGUCACUCAAUUGCAUUAUCAAAGUUUUGCUGAACUCCUUAAAUGAUUUUAUAUUAAGAAAUCUAGUACAAACAAAAAAACUCCCAUUCGUAAGCUUCCACAUUGGUAGAUUCCCAAAUUCCUUUCAUCUACAUAUUAUUAUUGAUAAUAAUCUAUCAAUUUGUUUUAAUAUAAUGAACAUGUAAAUCCUGAAAGGAUCCAUUAGAAUUCAGUUGGUAGAUCAUUAAUCCUCUUUUUUCAUGAAAUUUACAGUUGGAACAAACUAGGGAACAUGUUGCCUCCACAGUCCAAUGCUACAUGAAAGAAUACGGAACAGAUGUGCAUGUGGCAUGUAAGAAGCUCCAAGGUCUAGUUGACGAUGCAUGGAAGGAGAUAAACGAAGAGUGCCUCAAUUCGACGGCAUUCUCCAUUGCUUUACUUGAAAGGAUUAUUAAUUAUUCACGAGUGGCAGAAAAUAUUUAUAAGUACAUCGAUGGAUACACUAACUCCUCUACAAAGACGAAGGAAUAUAUCUCUUUGUUACUUGUACAUCCUGUUCCACUUUGAUUGUAUGACGAUGCUUGCUUCUUCUAUGAAUCCUUUAUUCUGAAAUAUAUGUAAGCCUUUGUAAAUGAACGUGUAUUGUACUAUGCUUGCUUCUUCUAUGAAUCCUUUAUUCUGAAAUAUAUGUAAACCUUUGUAAAUGAAUGUGUAUUGUACUAUGCUUGCUUCUUCUAUGAAUCCUUUAUUCUGAAA